AUGAAUCCCCCGCCAUCCGCAAGUGAGCGCGUGGCCUACUCACGUGCCUGUCAAACAACGCAGGCGGUCUGGGCUCCCAGACCGCCUGGACCGGCAAUAGAGCUUCGUCCGCCAACUACUCCGCUUCCCGGAACGACGCCGGUCUCGACCCUGCUUGCCCAUGUGUACACUCGUGCCCCAUCGAACAGAGCCGCAUUCUUAGGCUUCCAGAAUUCUCACGAGACCUCUGUCUUCUGGCCAGCUGCACAGGAUGUCUUCCGUGGCCAAAGAAGGCGAACAGACGGCCUGGCAAAAGGUCGAAAAGAGUGCGCUCAAGCUAACGGACUGAAAUACAGUAAGAGUGCUAGCGAGUAUUUCGAUCCCUGUCAGGAGUUCGCCGACCGCAGCAUCAAGUGUAUGCGCCGAAACGCCGGUGACCGAGACAUGUGCCAGGAUUACUUCCAGGCUUAUCGCGACUGUAAAAAGGAGUGGACUAUUCAGAGAAAGCUAGCCAAGGCCGCCGCGAAAUCAUCUUCUCAAUCAUAG